UUCCUCUCUCCUCCUCCCUCCGGACGCCAGGCUCCUCCGCACCCCCUCCCCUGGGAACCCCGCUGGCUAGGCCUCUGGAGCCUCUCCUUCCUGUUCUCUGGCCCCAGCGCUCGGCACCCUUACCUCAACGCGGUCAUGGCCACCAUCCCAGACUGGAAGCUACAGCUGCUAGCCCGGCGACGGCAGGAGGAGGCAGCCCUUCGUGGCCGAGAGAAGGCAGAGCGGGAGCGUCUGUCCCAGAUGCCAGCCUGGAAGCGGGGGCUCCUGGAGCGCCGCCGGGCCAAGCUUGGUCUGUCUCCUGGGGAGCCUAGCCCUACACCUGGGACUACAGAGGCUGGACCUCCAGACCCAGACGAGUCGGCUGUCCUCCUAGAGGCCAUUGGGCCAGUGCACCAGAACCGAUUCAUUCGGCAGGAGCGCCAGCAGCAGCAGCAGCAGCAGCAGCGUAAUGAAGAACUACUUGCAGAAAGAAGGCCCGGGACUUUGGAGGCCAGGGAGCAGAGACCCAGCCCUGGGGAGAUGCGGGAUCAGAGCCCCAAGGGAAGAGAGUCGAGAGAAGAUCGGCUCAGUCCCAGGGAGGCCAGAGAGAAGAGGAUAGGGGGAGCCCGAGAGUCGAGCCCCAGGCCUUCAGAGGCUUGGGACUGGAGGCAGAGCCCAGGAGAGGCUGGAGACAAGAGCUCCAGACUGUCAGAAGCGCGGAAAUGGAGGCUGAGCCCGGGAGAAACUCCAGAGUGGAGUCUGAGACUGGCAGAGCCUGGAGAACAAAGCCCGAGGAGAAAAGAGGUGGUGGAAAGUAGACUGAGCCCAGCGGAGUCUGACAACCAGAAGAUGGGCCUGACAGAAGCCCAUAAAUGGAGGCCCGACUCUGGAGAGUCUCAGGAACAGAGUUUGGUACAACUGGAGAUAUCAGAGUGGAGGCUGAGCUUAGAAAAAAGAAAAGACUGCUCGGAGGAAUGUGGGAGAAAAGAAGAGAGGCCAAUUCCAACGCUGGCCUCAGAAGAGAUUACAGAGCUGUCAGAGACCCUGAGUAGGGAGGCUCCAGACAGCAGCUCUGGAGAAGUGGAGGCAGCAGAACAAAGGCGUAGCCCUGUGCAGGAUGGUGAGAGGGGACUGAGGCUGACAGAAGGAUGGAAAUGGACCCUGAAUUCUGGGAAGGUUCGAGAAUGGACACCCAGGGACACAGAGACUCAAAUUCAGAAACCAGUCCCUCCAGAGUCUGCUGAGAAGUAUCUGGGGCCCUUUGGUACAGAGGCUGGAGAAGGCGAGGCUGAGAAGGAGAAGGCGGGGGCUCUGGGCAGGCCUUUGAGAACCCUGCAGAACUGCAGCUCUGUGCCCUCCCCCUUCCCACCAGAGGACGCUGGGACUGGAGGCUCUAGAGGGCAGGAAGAGGAAGCAGUGCAACCCCGGCCCCCAUCAGCAGCCCCUCUGUCUCCCCCACCCCCAGCCCCACCUGCCCCCCAGUCCCCUGGGGAUCCCCUCAUGAACCGACUGUUCUAUGGGGUGAAGGCAGGGCCAGGGGUGGGGGCCCCUCGCCGCAGUGGACACACCUUCACAGUCAACCCCCGGCGGUCCCUGCCCCCUGCAGCCCCCACCACUCCUCCGGCCACCCCAGCCACAGCUGAUGUUGCAGUCCCCGGAGCUGGGAAGAAGCGGUACCCAACUGCUGAGGAGAUCUUGGUUCUGGGGGGCUACCUCCGUCUCAGCCGCAGCUGCCUUGUCAAGGGGUCCCCUGAAAGGCAUCACAAACAGCUCAAGAUCUCCUUCAGCGAGACAGCAUUGGAGACCACGUAUCAAUACCCCUCUGAAAGUUCAGUGCUGGAGGAGCUGGGCCCAGAGCCUGAGGCUCCCAGUACCCCCAGCCCCCCAGCGGCCCAACCCGAUGACGAAGAGGAUGAGGAAGAGUUGUUGCUGCUACAACGGGAGCUCCAGGGCGGCCUGCGCACCAAGGCCCUGAUCGUGGAUGAGUCCUGCCGGAGGUGACCCUCUUCCAACAUAGGGUCUAUACCUUCCCCUUUCCCAGAACUGAAGAUCCUGGAGCCCAGAAGAUUGAGAACAGAGAAACCCUGAACAUGAGCUUGGAAGGGAAGGCAACCGACAUCUUCCAACUUGCUUUCCUCAUCCUGUUUAUAGGGGCAGAGCUAGUUACCCAGUUUCCACAUUCACCAAAGGUCUCUGAUGUGAGUGCACAUCACAUCUGAUGCUGGUGCACCCUGGGUGAUUCAAGAGUGAGCAUCAAGUCCUGGGGAGGAGCACAGAGCUCAUGGGGGUGAGGGGUUGGGGGAGGGAGAUGAAGCACCUCUUACAUCUCCAUGGACAGAGUACACUCUCCAGCCUUCCUUUACUCCCCACCACCCCUUGAGGGCUCUUACAAUUUAAACACUCAUCCUGGGCAGCCUGCCCCCAUUCUAUUUACAGGCCCCUCUCCUUCCUGUUCCUUAGGUCACUGCCCCUUUGUUUACAGCUCCUGCCACCUCCCUUGACCGCCAGCCUGGUUUACAAACCCCACUAGCUCCCAGCCCUACCUGCCAAAGUCCCAGGUUUACAACCACACCUACAUGUUGAGUCUAUGUGGAAUCCUCUCCCCUGUGCCUGGCAGCUGCCUCAUUGGGGGUGUGGCUUCUUCCACUUUUGCUCAGUCUGUACCUCUGUUUUCCCCAAGAGGAAAGUCUGGGAAUCCUAACCCUAACCUUGUACCCCCAUUUAGUUAUUUAAUUCUGUUCCUCCUAGUGGUUCACAAUUGAAUUGCAAGGGUGUGGAGUGACAAACAAUGCACCUCAACUCUUCUCUCCCAUUUCUCCUUAUCAACUGCCUGUUUGGUUUUUUUUUGUUUGUUUGUUUGUUUGUUUUGAAGUUUUCCAUAAUAAAAUGGAGAUCUCUCCAA